AUGGGUAUGGCGGGUAUGUCGGGUAUGGGUGUGCUGCAGCACCGUCAUGCCAUCAUCCCAGCGAGCCUGGCUGGAAUCGGAGUUCUGGCUGUGUUCGCCCGGCGGCGGUACUUGCGCUACGCGGCAACGGAGGCUGAGGACUGCAAGGAGUGUCCAGAAGACACUCAACUUGGCCCCUCCGUGGAGCUGGAGGCCUGGUGCCCAGGCCUGGUUGAUGUCCUUGGCCUGAUCGUGAAGGAUCUCGGCUUGGAAGCUGCCUGCCGCUGUCGGCUGCUUUGCAAAGGUGCCCAAUUUUCAGCUGGCCUUGGGUCGAAAGGGAUGCCAUCCGGGCUGGCGGCCGAGGACGCUGCGUGGAUGGAAGCACAGCGCGAGGAGAGCAAGAUUGCUGUCAGCUUGGCUGCGCUUGCAGCCGGCAACCGUGGCAUGGGCAGAUCUGCAGCAUCGGAAGUCGCCAGAGCCGUGGCCUUCUCCACGUUUACCAAGUCCAAGUCUCUGGAUCUGUGGUCUCCAGACACGAUGGGACGCCCACCCUUGGUUGCUGCAGCUUGUUGUAGCCGGCAGAAUGGCUGGGGCAGUUCAUUGCUUACAGCACUUCUCGAAGCACGCGCACAGCCAGAGGCUUCCAGCCCGGAUGGAUGGAAUGCUUUGAUGUGGGCUUCCCAGCUGGGGAACCAUGAAGACUGCCAGGUGCUCUUGAAGGCCCGGGCUUGCCCAAACGCGGUUUCGGCCGAUGGCACCUCCCCUCUGCUUUGUGCCGUGCGUGCGGAUCGUCAGCCUUUGGUCAUCGUUAAGCUCCUGCUCUCCUACCGAGCGGACCCGGCCCUCGUUCCCAUGCAAAGCCCCUUCGAUGAGUACGUCGACAUGGACGUUCGCCAAGCCCUGGCCAGCGCGCCUCAACGCUUUCGCAUGGUCCGGCUCCUACAGGGACCAGAGUGUGUCAAGGUGUCUGAUGCAGAGCUACAGCGUAUCGCUGCUGCCAUUGAGGAAGUUGCGCAGAACUUUCCGCCCAACAUUCGGAACACGGUAAGGCAGGCAGCCCCAUAUCUUGCAAAGGCAUGGAUUUUCCUGCUGACUGCAUUACCGUACGUCGUGAAGGCCAUUAGAGAGAUCCAGAAUCUCAUCGGAAUGAUGCCGGAAAAGAUGCUCUGGGCCAUCCUCAGCUUCUUGGUCUGUUUCUUCGGUGGCAUCUUCCCUGCAACGAUUGCAGCCGCAGAGGCCUGGGCCGCCUGUGGGGGCAUCGAAGCUUGGGAUCAGGCCAAGGUCCUCCUUUCUGAGCUGAUGAAAGUGGCUGAGGCCUCCAAAGAGGAGAAGGAGGAGAAAGAUGGCAAAGAAGCGCAAGCGCCUCAUCAAAUCAUCCAGAAGAAGCUGGCAGUUGCUCUAGCAGUGAUGGAACCGGACAAAGUGAGUGGCUCCAUUUCCAGCAUCUACAUUGGGUGGAUUGGUGUGAUCGGUGUACUGAGACUUCAAUUCGCUCGGACGAUAACGCUGGGCGAGGUGAUCGGUGCCAAAGUGUACAAGCCAGUUAGCAAAGCAGAGCCCUUGGUAGAGUCCAUGGUCGCAGAGGAGUAUCAGAAGUGGGUCCCGACGAUAACGCGAUGGAUGUGCAAGUUCGUCGCCAUCAGCCUUGCUUGGUGGAUUCAGCGGGUCAUCUCUGCGGUUCACUCCGCGAUCCGCGGCGGAACCAUCUUUGCGGAGUACCUGGUGGAUUUCCUGCACGAGAAGGGCUAUCUUCAAGUCGAACACAAAGAGACCUACAUCGAUGAGGCCAUUGGCUGGUCAAUAGCUGUGCUGGGCUUCCUGACGCAGCUCGCUUUAGGGUUUCAGCUCCCCUUCCUGCUGAGCUUUGUCUUGCUUCCUGUUCAAAUACUGGAAGGCUUUAUCGUUUGGAGCGUCGGCGCCUGA